AUGGCAGACAUGUCCAUUCGAAGGGUCCUUUGGCUCCUCGUCUGGUCGCUGCUCUGGUCUCCCAGUCUUCAGGACAGCAGUUACACUUUUACAAAUCCGCCCCCCCAAGGCUCCCAGAUCACCAAUCCCUCCUACGAAGUUGGAAGUGAUAUUGGCAUUGGGUGGGUUGGAGGGAACGACUUUGUGUCUGUCCGUCUCGUGCACGUUUUGCCCAGUAACGAUGAUGAGUUUACCUAUGUCUUUAGAAACGUCACCAAUUUGGGUGGACACUACACCUGGCAGAUUAACCUGGGCAGCAUGAACCUCACAAGCUCGCAUCAAUUCUUCUUCAACAUCUUCGUCGAAGGAGAAACAUCGCCGCGUGCAAUUACUCACAAUUUCAAUUUGACCCAAGCCGUGACUAGUACCACUGCGCCUGCUUCUACUAGUUUUACGACGUCUGCAUCGACCUCUUCUUCGACCAUUUCUACCACAUCGAGCCCUACCAAUCCAGCAACCAGCCCUGCGUCUGCGACCAACACCGUUGUCCCUGAGAAUAGUGGACUGAGCUCUGGUGCCAAGGCUGGUAUUGGUGUCGGCGUCGCGGUGGGUGUCAUUGCUCUCCUCGCCGCUGCUGCAUUCUGGUGGCGAUCGCGACAAGGAAAUAAUGGUGCUGGUGGUGCAGGAGGAGCAGAGGGCGGUCAAGCCACUGGUUCACCAUACCUGCCCGUUAACCAGCAACCGCCUCAUGAGUACUACAAGCCUCCUGGCGCAACAGGGCUGUCUGAAGCGCCCAGCGAACUGUCUGGCUCUGGACCCCAAGCACUUGAGAUGGCGGAUACUUCCAGACCACGUUGA